UGGUUCCCACUUCCCACGUUUACGCUUGUCCAUUGUGAGCUGUGUUAAUGGCAGGCCGUUUUGGUGGUUACUCUUCCGUUGUCCACGGAAGCAUUCAAGUCAAACCCAUUUUGUCCAAACCCAGAACCGUAUCUUUAAGCUUUGGAUUGAAUCGAAGCUUAUCAUUCCCCUCCUUUACCCAACUUGUCUUUUUUCUUCAAAAUCUUAUUUUGGUUGCAUUUGCAUACGAAGAACGAAACUCGUUUCAUUGAUCAGAGAAGAAGCAUGCAGUGUGCUUUUCUUCAUUGUCAUGUUGCAACUUGCAAUUCAAAGCAAUGCACUCCUCAGUAGAAACAGUGUCUGUGUGUGAUUUUGACUGUAAAACUCCAUCAUAAUCAUAGUAAUGGAGAAGAGAUAUGAGAAGUUAGUGAGGUUUUCCAGUGAUGAAGGUAAACAAAGUCUUGAACUUCCUUGGGAAAAGCUAGACUCUCAGAAACACCAUGAGAAGGCAUUCACAGUGUAUCCAGAAUGCAAAAUGAGUAUUGGUGACAAGAACAGAAUGAGUAUCAAAAUUCCCGCGCUUGCAAAGUUUAAGGUUUUCCCAGAAAACCAUGAGCCAUGGAAGAAGAAAAUUCUUGAUCCUGGCAGUGAUGUAAUUUUGGAGUGGAACAGGGCAUUCCUGUUUUCUUGCAUUCUGGCACUGUUUGUUGAUCCGCUGUUUUUCUACCUUCCCUCAGUGGCAAAUGAUGGGAAAUCGUCGUGUAUGGCUACUGAUUUGAAUAUAGGAAUUGUUGUGACAUGUUUCCGAACAUUUGCUGAUGUUUUCUAUCUGCUCAACAUGGCCAUCAAGUUCAGAACUGCCUAUGUAUCACCGAGUUCUAGGGUGUUUGGAAGGGGUGAGCUUGUUAUGGAUCCUAGGCUUAUUGCAAGGCGAUAUUUGAGAUCAGAGUUCUUCCUAGAUCUUGUUGCUACAUUACCUCUUCCCCAGAUUGUGAUUUGGUUUAUCAUGCCAGCAAUCAGAAGCUCCCAUGCUGAUCACACCAACAAUGCACUUGUACUCAUUGUUCUGCUUCAAUAUGUCCCCAGAUUAUAUUUGAUCUUCCCAUUAAGUUCUCAGAUUAUUAAAGCCACUGGAGUAGUUACAAAGACAGCUUGGGCUGGGGCUGCUUACAAUCUUUUACUUUACAUGCUAGCUAGUCAUGUGUUGGGGGCAUCAUGGUAUCUGUUAUCAAUUGAAAGGCAUGCUACUUGCUGGAAAUCUGAAUGCAGAAAUGAAAGCCUCCCUGUAAAAUGUGCUCUUAAGUACUUAGACUGCAGCACUUUAAACCAGGAUGAUCGCAUGAAGUGGGUAAACAAUACUUCUGUGUUUGGUAACUGCAAUCCUGAAAAUACCACCAAUUUCAACUACGGAAUUUUUGCAAGUGCAGUGGAAAAUAAUGUUAUCUCCUCUGUGUUUAUAGAGAAGUAUCUCUAUUGUCUGUGGUGGGGUUUGCAGAACUUAAGUUCCUAUGGCCAGGGUUUGACCACAAGCACAUUCAUUGGGGAAACUGCAUUUGCAAUAGUCAUGGCUAUUCUGGGUCUGGUUUUGUUUGCGCACUUAAUUGGUAACAUGCAGACCUAUUUGCAAUCUAUUACUGUGAGGCUUGAAGAAUGGAGGCUCAAGCGACGUGACACUGAAGAGUGGAUGAGCCACCGUCAGCUCCCACAAAAUCUGAGAGAGCGUGUCAGAAGAUUUGUUCAAUACAAGUGGCUUGCAACUCGCGGGGUUGAUGAAGAAACAAUCCUACGUGGCCUGCCUAUUGACCUACGUAGAGAUAUCCAACGCCACCUUUGCUUGGACCUUGUUCGACGUGUUCCUUUUUUCUCACAAAUGGAUGAUCAGCUACUUGAUGCAAUAUGCGAGAGAUUGGUAUCAUCAUUGAGUACUCAAGGCACGUACAUAGUUAGAGAAGGAGACCCGGUUACAGAGAUGCUCUUUAUCAUCAGAGGGAGACUUGAAAGUUCAACCACAAAUGGAGGCAGAACUGGUUUCUUCAACUCUAUUACCUUGAGGCCUGGUGAUUUCUGUGGAGAAGAGCUACUUGCUUGGGCAUUGCUUCCAAAAUCCACUCUCAACUUGCCUUCUUCUACAAGAACUGUUAAAGCCCUUGUAGAAGUUGAAGCAUUUGCCCUAAGAGCGGAAGAUCUUAAAUUCGUGGCCAAUCAGUUUAGACGUCUCCACAGCAAGAAGUUGCAGCACACUUUCCGUUUCUACUCUCACCAUUGGAGGACAUGGGCAACAUGCUUCAUUCAGGCUGCUUGGCGCCGGUUCAAGAAGAGAAUGUUUGCCAAGAGCCUAAGCUUGAGGGAAUCCGAGUCCUUCAAUCACUAUCAACAUACUGCACAAGUAAAACAAAACCUAGGUGUCACUAUACUGGCUUCAAGGUUUGCUGCAAACACAAGGAGAGGAGUUCAGAAGAUGAAGGAUGUAGAGCUGCCCAAGUUGCAAAAGCCUGAAGAACCAGACUUUUCAGUAGAGCCUGAUGAUAAUUAGAUCAGCAUUGCAAUCUACAGUUCCAUGACCAUCUUCAAGAGUUAAAAUCACUAUUCCUCUCACAAAUAAUUCGGGUCCAUAGCUACAAUACGUGUGUAUUAUUUGUUGCUGAUAGAGAAGCUUUCAGGUUUUCUCUUAGCCUGAACCUUUUUUGGCAUGGUACAUCUCUUAACCUAUACUUUACCACUUGCUUGAUGAUGUGUGAUCCUAUCGCAGUCAACAUAGUUGAUGUCCCUAUGCAUCAACUUCUAGCAAGAAGUUGCUUUUGUGUGUUUGCAGUUUGGUACAUCUUCCCAAAAAACGAUUUUUAUCUUGUAUAUUACAGUUACUUGACAUACCACUUGUAUAUUACACUGCACCAUUGUUCUU